AUGUUUCUGUUGAAGGUGGAAGAGAGUAUGUGGAGGGUCAGGGAAAGUGAGAGUCGGCUCCUCUGGCUGCUCCUGCUGGCGCUCCAGCUCGGCCCCGGGAGAGCCCAGGAUCUCAACCCUCGAGGGAGGAACGUCUGCGCCGCGCCCGGUUCCGCUGGGUUUGUCUGCUGCCCAGGAUGGAGGCAACAGGGCGAGGAGUGUUUGAUAGCUGUGUGCGAAGGCAACUUCACCUGCGCAGACAACGAGGUGUGCGUGAGACCCAACGAAUGCCGCUGUCGCCACGGCUACUUCGGCGCCAACUGCGAGACCAAAUGCCCCCGCCAGUUCUGGGGCCCGGACUGCAAGGAGCUCUGCCGGUGCCACCCCAACGGCCAGUGCGAGGACGUGACGGGCCAAUGCACGUGCAACCCCAACCGCUGGGGCCCCAAGUGCGAGAACGCCUGCCUGUGCAAGCACGGCAAGUGCGACCAGAAGACGGGCAAGUGCACCUGCGAGCCGAACUGGUGGGGCCCCCAGUGCGCCAGCACCUGCUACUGCAGCCUCAACUCCCAGUGUGACCAGCAGACGGGGACCUGCAACUGCCAGCCGGGCUGGUGGGGCCGGAGCUGCAACAACCAGUGCGCCUGCAACAACUCCCCCUGCGAGCAGUUCACCGGGCGGUGCCAGUGCCGGGGGCGCACCUUCGGCCCCCGCUGCGACCGCUACUGCCAGUGCCACAUGGGGAAGUGCAACCAGGUGGAUGGGACCUGCGCCUGCGACCCGGGCUACAGGGGCAAGUUCUGUCGGGAGGCCUGCCCUGCAGGGUUCUACGGCCAGGGAUGCCGGAGACGGUGUGGACAGUGCAAGGAACUGCAGCCUUGCACCAUCGUGGACGGUCGAUGCCUGGCGUGCGAGCCCGGCUGGAACGGCACCAAGUGUGACCAGAUCUGUACCCCGGGCUUCUACGGCGAGGGAUGUGAGCAGAUCUGCCCCCCGUGCAAGGACGGCCAUACCUGUAACCACAUCAACGGCAAGUGUUCGCACUGCAACCCCGGCUGGAUCGGAGACAGGUGCGAGACCAGGUGCCGGAACGGGACCUAUGGUGAGAACUGUGCCUUCGUCUGCAGCGACUGUUUUAACGGCGAGUGCGACUUCGAGACGGGGAAGUGCAUCUGCAGGCCAGGUUUUCGGGGACUUUCCUGUAACCUGACGUGCCAGACGGGUCAGUAUGGCGUGAACUGUGCCGAAUCUUGUAACUGCCAUGAAGAUUCGUGCGAUCCUUUGACCGGGAACUGCCGCAUGGAGGCCAACCAACGGAUGGGGGUGAUUGGGGCCGGCGCCCUGUUGACUCUGCUCCUCAUCCUGCUCCUCUCCUUUCUGUGCUGCUGUUGCGUCUGUCGCAAGAAGGACCAAGCUCGUACUGACACGAGCCAAGACCCUACUCACAAGAAGUCCCCAAGGCGUCUCUGUGGCAGGUUCAGCCGGAUCAGCAUGAAGCUCCCGCGGAUUCCUCUCCGGCGUCAGAAACUGCCAAAAGUCGUGGUGGCUCACCAUGACCUGGAGAACACCAUGAACUGCAGCUUCAUUGAGCCCCCUUCCGUGGUGGAGCAGCCCUCGCCCUCGUGGUCCUCGCGAGGCUCCUUCUCGUCCUUCGACACCACCGACGAGGGACCCGUGUACUGCGUCCCACAUGAAGAGAGCAUGAGCGAUAGCAAAGACCGGGUCCCCGGCAGUCCCGCCGAGAAGAGGGUGCCCUCCAUCAGCGAGGAGGAAGCCGGGGAAUACACGGUCCUGAAAGAGAGCAGCUCCACCCAAGCCGACAGCAGUGAGACGCCUCUGCUCAAAUCCUCCGACAGCGAGCGCUCCUCCUGCGGGUCCAGCUCCGCCAGCGGGGCGGCUCUUUAUGCCAGGAUCGCUCGCCUCUCCAAGCAGUCGAGAGAGGAGGACGAGAGCAUGAUGGAGAGCAAGUCCGCCAAGCCACCGUCCCCCGAGAGAGCCAAGCCGCCCCCUCCGGACCCUUCGACGAAACCCAAAGUUUCUUGGAUUCACAGCAAAUAUAACUCUAACCAGUCUAACUCUCUGCCCGCCAUCGGGCUGGGGGAUUUGUCCGAGCACAAGCAGGGGCUGGCCAAGAGGAAGAGGAGCCCGAGCGAGACGUCGGCCGGGGUUCACGGCCGAUCGGAGGAGAAGGUGGCCCCGAGGGGCAAGGAGAAGGCCCCGAAGCACCCCAAGGAGCUGGCCGACGGCAAGGGUCUGCCUUCGGCUUCGGGGGACCAGCCGUCCCCCUCGAAACCCAAGCAGAGGCACAAAGCCAGCCCGGACCAAACGGAGAAUCUCAACGGAGCCGUCCAGAAUGUGAUCAAGAAGAUGGGGAGCCACCCGCCGCCGGAGCGGAAGUCCGGCGAGGCCCCCAAAAGCCCCGGCCACGGCAAAUCGCGGGCCGAAGUCCUGCACCCCCACUUGUCGCCGGAGGCUGCCUCGUUGCUGGCCGCGCAGCUGAAGGAAAAGACUCAGAGCCUCAACCGAGGGGACGGAGGGGCCAGGCAGAACGGGGUGAGCCCCCUGCCCGCCCAGAGGGAGAAGCCGACCCCUCCCCAGAAGGCCAAGCGCUCGGGGGCCGCCGGCAGCCAAAAGUCCAGCAAGCCCGUCCUGCCGACGUCGCCCAACUUGCAGAAGCUCAUCAGCCCCAUUGCCGAGACCCCCGCCGCCGGCGACCCCAAGAAGGGGGAGAAGGCAGGCUCUAGCGGGCCCCCAGAGGCCAUGCCCGUCGAGCCUGUGGUCAAGAAAACGCCCAUUAAAAAGCCCCCCAGGAAGAAGAGCAGGGAGGUGGCCUCCGAGCCGUCCAAAGCAGCCCCCACGCCCCCUCAGACUGUGCAGUAAAGGUGGCCUCGUUUGGGAAGACCGUCCAGUGGGGCAGAAGACGUGGGCCCGAGGAACGUGGACAGGGAGGGUCAAGAUCCGUCCCGGGGAAGGGAAGACAAGGGCCGGAGGAUGACAUGGCCCUGGGGGGAGGGGGGUUCUCCUGGCCCAGGGAUGGACCCAAAGCACUUCUGACGUCAUCUCUCCUCUGUGGGGUUGGGAGGGGG